AAAUUGAUUGAAAUGAUGAGCUCUAGAGUAGACAUUUCUGCUUGAAACUAGAUGGCAUGAUUUGUGGAUUAAGAAUGAACAAAAUCAUCGGUCGGUUCGGACGCUGGCCGAUAUCAAGUGCAAUUCUCACCAGGCAAUGUUCCUCCAGCAGUUAUCGACGCAGUAAAACGGAUGAUUUGGACUCACAAAGAUUCACUAAUGUUCCCCCUGAAAUGGAAUACGAUGUGAAAUUUUUCAGAGAAAAAGAUUUUCUAACAGCUGACUUGGACCCAUUGAAGCUUUCGAAUCUUUCGGAAGAGUCGUUACAAGAUGAGUUAGAUGAUUCAGUGUUGUUCAAAAAUUCGAACCCAUUGACCAAAAUACAUGAGCUGAGAGACCUUACAUCAAGUUUAGAAGCCAUUUAUAGCGAAGGAUCGUCUUUGGAAGCAUCUCAUAUAGAUAGUAGCUUCGAAAAGAACUGGCUUUUCAACGAGUUCGAAGCACUUAAGUUGCAGAAUUUAGAAGACAAAGUUAAAGUAAGAAUCGCUGAAGUUCUGUUGAAUGGGCAACAAUUUGAUCGCUUUACAGCUGCUAAAUUUCCUACGGUUAAACGGUAUGGCGGCGAGGGCGCAGAGAGUAUGCUAGUGUUCUGUGAUUCCUUGUUCGAAGAGGCUCCGAAAAUCAAGACCGAAGAUAUCGUGAUAGGUAUCGCACAUAGAGGUCGAAACAACUUGCUGACUACGUUACUGAAGUGUCCGCCUUCUCUUUUGUUCAGGAAAAUGAAAGGACUUCCAGGCAUUCCAGAAGACGCUCAGGAAGUAAUGGACGACGAUGUUCUGAGCCAUAUACGGAUGAGCGUUGACCUUGACAAUGGAGUGCACGUUUCCUUGCUUCCUAACCCUUCCCACUUAGAGGCUGUUAAUCCUGUGGUUCAAGGGAAAAUUUGGUCCAAACUCCACCGAAAAAUUCAAUUGGAUGAAAAAGAGGCCUUCUUAGAGCAUACUCACAGAGCCGUUGGUCUUAUGAUUCACGGCGACGGAGCGUUCGCAGGCCAGGGAAUUGUCGCAGAAUGUUUUAACAUGGCUUACAUUCCAGGCUAUGAUGUUGGAGGCUCGAUUCAUUUAAUCACAAACAAUCAAGUCGCAUUUACAAUGCAAAAAGGGUUUUCGUUCCGACACACGAGUGAUAUGGCUAAAAUGAUUAACUGUCCGAUUAUACAUGUCAACGGGGAUUCACCUGAAGAUGCUUACAAAGCGGCGCUUUUGUGCUUGAAGUAUAAACAGUUGUUCAGAAAAGACAUCGUGUGCAAUUUAAUAUGUUACAGAAAAUGGGGUCACAAUGAGAUGGAUGACGCCACUAUUACGCAACCGAAAAUGUAUGACCUCAUCAAUUCGAAGAAAUCACCCCCUGAUUUUUAUUUGGAACGGUUAUCUCCAUCGUUAUCACAAGAGCUAAGUCAUGAACUAGAGACCAAAUGUGCUUCUUUUAAAGAUUUUCUGAACGAGCAUUUCAAAAAUGUUGAAAAUUUUCAGCCAGCUUUACAAUCAUUCCAAGGCAACUGGAAAACCUGCAGAUUUGCGUCUCCAAAUAUUACAGCGUGGGAUACAGGUUUUGAUCUUCAAACUCUGAAAUACAUCGGCGUAAAAUCUGUAACAUUUCCUGAAGAUUUCAACGUCCAGUCGAAGUUAAUGAAGACAUUGACGUCAAGAAUCGGAAUGAUGAACAGCGAAAAGGGCAUUGAUUGGGCUACUGCCGAGGCCUUGGCUAUCGGGUCACUCAUGGUUCAAGGUCAAAAUGUUAGAAUAAGUGGCGAAGAUGUCGGCAGAGGUACUUUCAGUCAUCGUCACUGUCAAGUCGUUGAUCAAAAAACAGGUGACAUCUUCAUGCCUCUGAGAGGCGUUAACAAUGAUGUCGAAAACAGCGGUUCACUAGAAGUGACAAAUUCUAUCUUAUCGGAAGAAGCGGUUUUAGGGUUCGAUUACGGGGUCUCGAUUGACUGUCCUGAAACAUUAGUCAUUUGGGAAGCACAGUUUGGUGAUUUUUUUAACGGUGCUCAGAUUAUAAUUGACACUUUUGUUGCAUCUGGUGAAAGUAAAUGGGGUUUGCAAUCAGGUAUAGUGAUGCUGUUACCUCAUGGGUUAGACGGAAUGGGCCCAGAGCAUUCUUCUUGUAGACUAGAAAGAUUUUUGCAGUUAACUGACAGCUUCGAAUCAUCGAUCGAUUCAGAUCGAGUCAAUAUGUUUGUUGUUAAUCCAACAACGCCUGCGCAGUAUUUUCAUUUAUUAAGAAGACAGCAAGUUAGAGAUUUUAGAAAACCACUCAUAGUUGCCAGUCCGAAAAAACUAAUCCGUCUGCCGGAAGCUAAAUCGAAUCUGAGAGAUUUUGAGCCGGGGACUUAUUUCAAACCAGUUAUUGACGAUCCGGUUUUAAAGAGUAAUGAAACAGUGAAAAAAGUAAUAUUUGUAUGUGGAAAGUUAUAUUAUGCUCUCAACUCAGAGAGGUCUGCGAGAAAUAUCGGAGACGUAGCGUUAGUUCGUCUGGAGCAACUUGUUCCGUUUCCUACCUCAGAGUUGCAAUCAGUUGUGGUCAAAUAUCCCAAUUGUCAAUCAUUCAUCUGGUGUCAGGAGGAACACAGGAAUUCAGGAGCUUGGUCAUUUGUCAACCCUAGAUUCAGAAGUUUAGUGGGAGUGGAGUUGGAGUAUGUAGGUAGAAGUGAAAGAGCAGUGUCGGCCACUGCAAUUGGAACUAGACAUAAAAACGAGGAGAGCCAAGUUCUCGAAGAAGUGUUCAGACGAAAAAAGUGACCUCAAUUUAUGAAAUCAACUGAUAUAAUUUUCAAAUGUAUUGGAUAAACUUCUCGCUUUUUAUUUAAUAAAUUCUUGCACAAUGUUAAACCGAGCCUUGUGCCUAGUCAUUCGGUUGAUUUUGAAUGUAACUUUAAAAAACAUAUGUAUUAUGA